UUCUUAUCUCUAAAGAACUCUUUCUUUGACUUAAUACAUAUCUGACGACGUAAUCAACGCUAGUAACAAAAAUAGUUUAAGCCGCCGCGAAACCGAGCUCCUCCGGAAUCUCUGUAUCAAUCUCGGGAUCACCACUAGCAUCCCCUCUGAACCUCGUUCUCACCAAUCAGGUGGGGUCAGAGAGCCGCAGGGUGCCAAUACCGCUUCUCCGCUUCGACUUGGAAUGACGUUACGUAUCCAAUCCGGUCCGAACUAAUUGAAUCUCCACGCCCAAAAUUCGUGUUUCAAGUCCUGGAAGAACGGCUAGGACUACGGGAAAUCGUCCCUAAAGUUUUAAAGGCAUCAAAUUUUUCAUUAGUGUAUUCCACAUCGGAUAUAGUUCACAACAAGGGCCUCCCUGUUAAAGAUAAGACUUAUACGACGUGCCAACCGAGGAGCCAUUCAUAGCCAGCCUUGCGAUCUAGUUGAUAGAGAAAGCAAGACGACUUGGUAAAGCAGCGACAGCGAAAGAAUAGUGCUUACAACCAGCAGCCACUAUCUUUUGUUUAUUAUCAGGGCUUUCGGAGCGUAAUUGCACGAAUCACUCUCCAUCGAUAUCGGCACCAUGGGGUUCAGAGAUGUAGACCGCCACACAUUCUACGCGGGCAAACCACAGCCUUCGGCAGAGUCUUCCGGUAGUUAUGAAACCAUCGACCCAUCGAAUGGCAAGCCCGUCUGCAAGAUAAACAAUUCGUCAACAAAAUCAGUCGAUGCCGCAAUUCAAUCGGCACAAGCCGCCUUUCCCGCCUGGUCCAGCACGCCUCCCAUAGAACGGGCACGCAUCUUACAGAAAGCUGUCGCUCUCUUGCGUGAACACAACGAUGCGCUCGCACGCGUGGAAACCCUCGAUACCGGGAAGCCGUUCUCGGAGACUUCGACGGUAGACAUCGUCACCGGCGCCGACGUCCUCGAGUAUUUCGCCAACUUGGUGGCCAGCGGCGGGCUGAACGGCGAGUCCUUCCGCCUCAGACCCACGGCAUCCGUGUACACGGCCAAAGAGCCGCUGGGCGUGUGCGCGGGCAUCGGAGCCUGGAACUACCCCAUCCAGAUCGCGCUCUGGAAAUCCGCGCCGUGCCUGUCCGCGGGUAAUUGCAUGGUAUACAAGCCGAGUGAGUUCACGCCGCUGCACGCGGAGUACCUAGCGGAUAUCUAUAAGAAAGCAGGCCUACCGGACGGUGUCUUUAACGUCGUGUACGGCGCUGCCGAUGUCGGAGGUCACCUGACGAAACACCCGGCCAUCGCGAAAGUCAGUUUCACGGGUCAGGUCAGCACGGGGAAGAAGGUGGCAGGCGCUGCUGCGGGCGAGAUGAAAUACGUUACCAUGGAGCUCGGCGGCAAGAGCCCGCUCAUUGUGCUGCCCGACGCACAGGUCGAGCAGGCGGUUGAUGUGGCGAUGAUGGCGAAUUUCUUCAGUACGGGACAGGUGUGCACAAAUGGCACGCGUGUGUUUGUUCCGCGGGCGAUGAAGAAAGACUUCGAGGCCGUGCUCCUGGAGAAAGUGAAAUUCGUCCGAGCGGGUGAUUUGUUUGAUAUGGAUACCAACUUUGGUCCGCUGAGUAGCAAGGCUCACUACGAGAAGGUGGUUCAGUACGUGCGUCACGGCAUCGAGACGGAUAAGGCGACACUGCUGUGCGGCGGGCCGGGGCAGCCCAGCGGUCUGUCGGCAGAGUUGAAACAGGGUUAUUGGGUCCAGCCAACCGUCUUUACGGACUGUACGGACGAUAUGAAGAUUGUGAGAGAGGAGAUUUUUGGACCGGUCAUGACGGUCCUGACGUACGACACGGUCGACGAGGCUGUCGAACGCGCUAACAAGACGGAGCUGGGACUCGCGGCGGGCGUGGUAGGUCGCGAUAUCGAUCUGUGCCACGGCGUGAUUGCAAAGCUCGAGGCGGGUAUCACGUGGAUCAAUACUUGGGGCGAGAGCCCGGCGGAGAUGGCGGUAGGAGGGUGGAAGAAGAGCGGCGUUGGUGUGGAGAAUGGACGGAGGGGUCUUGAGGCGUGGGUUAGGAAUAAGAGCACAUUGGUCGAGAUGGGUGGGAGUGUGCCAACUGUGUUUUCGAAGUUGUAAAAUUCAACGUUGAGGUAGGAAGGGUGGGUUGGAUAUGUAUGGCAAAAUUAUUUGGUAUGAAUGAACGCUCAAAAUGUAAAUAUCGUCAACACCGGUCAAAAUUGGUGGUACGGUGCUUGAUCAGGCCUGGAAUGGGAAGCACCG